AUGCUAGUCUCCACUUCUCAAGGAAUGUGUAAUUUGAGUACUUUGGAAAUAAUGUCUGACCCAGAAUUCUUUGAACCUAAAACUGAUUGUUCUGGGUUUAAUAUGGGAUAUUGGAGAUUGCAAAACAUUUCUUUUAUUCAUCAACUUAAGGAUGUAACCAUAGAGGAGCUUUCCAUUGGAUCUAAUGGAAUUCGGAUAGAGAAAGAGGAAGAUAAUCAUAAUCUGAACAGCUCACCAGAUGAAGGGUCGUCAAGGGUUGUCAACCCAAACUUCCAGAGAGCUCAAUCAGAUCAACUGUCAUCCCUAUACUGUUCGAGUCAAAAGUAA